CAGCCAGCCAUCACUUCGCUCAGCUCUGAUCGAUCUCUUUCUUUUGAUCGAUCGAUCGAUGGCUUUCUUGGUGGAGAGGUGCGGCGAGAUGGUGGUGUCGAUGGAGAUGAGCCCGCCGGGGGUGCACGGCGGCGCGCCGGCGAAGCCCGUGCCGGCGCCGUUCCUGACGAAGACGUACCAGCUGGUGGACGACCCCUGCACCGACCACAUCGUGUCGUGGGGCGAGGACGACGCCACCUUCGUCGUGUGGCGGCCGCCGGAGUUCGCCCGCGACCUCCUCCCCAACUACUUCAAGCACAACAACUUCUCCAGCUUCGUCAGGCAGCUCAACACCUACGGUUUCAGGAAGAUAGUGGCUGACAGAUGGGAGUUCGCCAACGAGUUCUUCAGAAAGGGAGCAAAGCAUCUUCUCGCCGAGAUUCACCGGAGGAAGUCGUCGCAGCCGCCGCCGCCGCCGAUGCCGCACCAACCCUACCAUCACCAUCUCCACCACCACGGCCACCUCAACCCAUUCUCGCCGCCGCCCCCACCGCCGGCGUACCACCACCAUCUAAUCCAGGAGGAGCCCGCCACGACGACGACGCACGGCGACGGCGGCGGGGACUUCCUGGCGGCGCUGUCGGAGGACAACCGGCAGCUGCGGCGGCGCAACUCGCUGCUGCUGUCGGAGCUGGCGCACAUGAAGAAGCUCUACAACGACAUCAUCUACUUCCUGCAGAACCACGUCGCGCCGGUCACCACCACGGCCGCCCCCUCGUCCGCGAUGCUGGCGGCAGCGCACCAGCACCUUCCCGGCGGCGCCGCGCCUGUCUCCUGCAGGCUGAUGGAGCUGGACCCGCCGGACUCGCCGCCGCCGCAGCCCAAGACUCCGGCGGCCGAGGGCGGCGGCGACACGGUGAAGCUGUUCGGCGUGUCGCUGCAUGGCAAGAAGAAGCGGGCGCACCGCGACGACGACGACGACCGCGGCGGCGUCCAUGACCAGGGAAGCGAGGUGUAAGCAGCUGCGUCUAGCUAGCUAGCCAGCCGGCUUUGCUUGCUUGCUCAUCUCGUGUACAUAUAGAGAUCAGAGAGGGGAGAGGAGUAGGAUGAUGAGCUAGCUCGAUGGAUCAGCUGCUGCUUGGUUUCUAUCGACUGCUUUGACGACGACGACGACGGCGGCGAUUGAUUUGCAAGGGUGCAAGUGUUAAUUAGUUUGUUGAUUAAUUAGCCUCUUUGAGAUCAUCACAGGGUUGAUUAGCUGAUUAAGGUAGCUAGCUAGGAGUUAUUUAGGAUCAACCAAUGCAAAUCAAGCGACUGCUGCUAGUGCUUGCACUCUUCUUGUUUUGUUCUUGCUUAAUUCUUUCUUGUCAUGCAUGUGAUGUAGUGAUGAGGGACUUCACCUUUCAUGCUUGGUGAAGAGAUGAGAGAAACUAGCUUAGCUUGCUAGAUGUUAAAUGGUACUAAUCAAGUCCCAAGGCAUCUAAGCUUUU